AUGCCUGGCCCAGUGGACACCACAAAGUCCAUUGACGCCAAGAAGCGCAAGAGAAAGCACGCCGCUAAGCCUACCGCCGACAGUGAAGAUGCCCCCAAGCCUGUUGUGGCAAAGUCAACGAAGAAGGCCAUUGCCUCUCCCAAGCCUGCGACCGAUAAGACAAUCAAGAAGCGCAAAGUGAGCCACUCCAGCGACGACGAGAGCGGCGACGAGGCCGAGCAAGUCGAGCAAGUCGAGGAAGUCGAGGAGCAGGAGGAUAACGAGGCCGAUGAGGCUGAGGAGAAGGAUAAUGUUGCGGAUCUCCCCAGCAUGGGCGAAGUCAGCCUCCCCCAGACUGAGGGUGAGCUGAAGAAGUUUACCGAGCUUAACCUCUCGGAGAAGACCAUGCAGGGUAUUCAGGACAUGGGUUUCGAAACUAUGACUGAGAUCCAGCAGCGCACAAUCCCACCGCUGCUUGCCGGUCGUGAUGUUCUAGGUGCUGCGAAGACUGGGUCGGGAAAGACUCUUUCUUUCCUGAUUCCUGCGGUUGAGAUGCUCAGCGCCCUGCGUUUCAAGCCCAGAAACGGUACUGGUGUUCUUGUUAUCUCUCCCACCCGUGAAUUGGCUCUUCAGAUCUUCGGUGUUGCCCGUGAGCUUAUGGCCCACCACUCUCAGACCUACGGUAUCGUGAUUGGCGGUGCCAACCGUCGUGCUGAGGCCGAUAAGCUCGCCAAGGGUGUUAACCUGCUCAUCGCCACCCCCGGUCGUCUCCUUGAUCACCUCCAGAACACCCAAGGCUUCAUUUUCAAGAACUUGAAGACUCUCGUCAUUGACGAGGCGGACCGUAUCCUUGAAGUCGGUUUCGAGGACGAGAUGCGCCAGAUCAUCAAGAUUCUUCCGGCCGAAGAGCGUCAGACUAUGCUUUUCUCCGCCACUCAAACCACCAAGGUCGAGGAUUUGGCCCGUAUAUCUCUGCGCCCUGGCCCAUUGUACAUCAACGUUGAUCACCGCAAGGAGCACAGUACUGUGGAGGGUCUGGAACAAGGAUACGUGAUCUGUGAAGCCGAUCGGCGCUUCCUGCUCUUGUUCUCGUUCCUCAAGCGCAACCUGAAGAAGAAAAUUAUUGUCUUCUUCUCCAGCUGUAACUGUGUGAAGUACCACGCCGAGCUUCUGAACUACAUUGAUCUACCCGUGCUUGAGCUGCACGGAAAGCAGAAGCAGCAAAAACGAACCAACACCUUUUUCGAGUUCUGUAACGCCACUCAGGGUACCCUGAUUUGUACUGACGUUGCUGCUCGUGGCCUUGAUAUCCCCGCUGUCGACUGGAUCAUUCAGUUCGACCCCCCAGAUGACCCCCGUGACUACAUUCACCGUGUCGGACGAACUGCUCGUGGUGCCAACGGUAAGGGUCGCAGUUUGAUGUUCCUGCAACCCUCCGAGGUUGGCUUCCUCAAGCACCUGAAGGAGGCUCGCGUGCCGGUGGUCGAGUUCGAGUUCCCCUCCAACAAGAUUGUCAAUGUCCAGUCUCAAUUGGAGAAGCUCAUUGGUCAGAAUUACUAUCUCAACAAGUCUGCCAAGGAAGGAUACCGAUCGUACCUCCAGGCGUACGCCUCUCACUCCCUUCGUUCCGUGUUCGAUGUGCACAAGCUGGACCUGGUCAAGGUCAGCAAGGGCUUUGGCUUCCCCACUCCGCCACGGAUCGAUAUCCAGCUGGGUGCCAGCAUGAGCCGCGAUAAGCGACAGGAGCAGCAAGGUCGCCGCACAUACGGGAGCCAGCCCAAGGGAUCGAAGUUCAAGCGCAAGCACGAGGAUUAA